AAAGCAAAAAUUACAGCAGAUAUUUGUGUUUUUUAUGUAACAUUUGCUAUCAGUGCAAUCGAGUUGAAUUUUUUAUUUUUAUAAUUAUAUUUUUUUUUUGCAAAAACUUAGUGGCUACGCUCUGGGCGCUACGAGUGUGUGUUGGCAACGUUGUUCGCGAGUCUGACAUUUGAGCAGGAGAGCAGCGAGAGCGAGUGUGAGAGCGAGAACGUUAGCAGUAGCUGUAGCGAGAGCGAGUCACGACUCAUGCAUUUCUAGAAAAGUCCGACGACGGCGGCAUUUUUUUUUGCAAAGUUCAGCUUCCAAAAAAGACGUGUUUCAAAACCAACAAACAAAUUUAUAAGUACUUGCCACACUUACAGCAGCAGAACGACUUAGAAAAAUGGACAAGGUGAACGAAUUGAAGGAAAAGGGAAAUACGGCUCUAAAUGCGGAAAAAUUCGAUGAGGCCAUUGCAGCGUACACCGAAGCUAUUGCGCUGGACGCUAACAAUUAUGUGCUAUUCAGCAAUCGCUCGGCGGCCUAUGCAAAGGCCGGGAAGUAUCGGGAAGCCUACGAUGAUGCAGAGCAAACCAUUGCGCUGAAUCCCACCUGGCCAAAGGGGUAUUCCCGCAAAGGAGUCGCUGCCGCUGGACUCCGGGAUUAUAUGAAGGCCUUUGCGGCGUACAAUGACGGUUUGAAGCACGAUCCGCAAAGUUAUAUGUUGUUGCAGGGUCGCCAGGAUAUUACCAAAUCGAUGUUUAGCUAUAUGCAAUCGCAAGGUGAGAUAUCCAUGGAUGUCGAUCUACAACCCAUCUUUGAUACAAAGUCAACGGAGAGUAAAUCCGCUGAGUCGGCAGCUGCUGCUGCUGCGGCUGGUCCCCGUGUGGAGGAUAUGAGCGAGGAGGAGCGCAAAAAAUACUAUGCCAAUCAGGAAAAGGAACUGGGCAAUGCGGCGUACAAGAAGAAGGAUUUCGAAACAGCACUCAAGCACUAUAAUGCUGCCAUCGAACAUGAUCCGACUGAUAUCACGUUCCACAACAAUAUUGCGGCUGUUUAUUUCGAGCGCAAGGAAUAUGAUGCGUGCAUCAAGCAAUGUGAACGGGGCAUCGAAGUGGGUCGUGAGAAUCGUGCGGAUUUCAAAUUGAUUGCCAAAUCGAUGGCACGCAUCGGAAAUACUUAUCGCAAGCUGGAGAACUAUAAACAGGCGAAAUUCUAUUAUGAGAAGGCAAUGUCGGAGCAUCGUACGCCUGAGAUAAAGACGUCGUUGAGCCAGGUAGAGGUCAAGAUUAAGGAGGAGGAACGUCGCGCCUAUAUUGAUCCUGUUAAGGCCGAGGAGGAGAAGGAGAAGGGCAAUGAGUACUUCAAGAAGGGCGAUUAUAGCACUGCGGUCAAACACUAUUCGGAGGCCAUCAAACGUAAUCCGGAUGAUCCCAAAUUGUACAGCAAUCGUGCUGCCGGCUACACCAAAUUGGCCGCCUUCGAUUUGGGACUGAAGGAUUGCGAUACUUGCAUCAAGCUAGAUGAGAAAUUCAUCAAGGGUUACAUACGGAAGGGAAAAAUUCUGCAGGGCAUGCAACAGACAUCAAAGGCUUCAUCGGCGUAUCAGAAGGCACUCGAGCUAGAUGCCAAUAAUGCUGAGGCCAUUGAGGGUUAUCGCCAGUGCUCAAUGAAUUUCCAAAGUAAUCCACAAGAGGUGUUCAAGAAUGCCAUGUCCGAUCCGGAGAUCCAGCAAAUUCUCAAGGAUCCCGCCAUGCGCAUGAUUCUUGAACAAAUGCAAAACGAUCCACAGGCAGUUAAGGACCAUUUACAAAAUCCGGCUAUUGCUGACAAGAUAUUGAAGUUGCUGGAAUCGGGCAUUAUGAAAAUACAUUAAGAAAUUAGCCACUAUUCGGAAGAAGAAUAAAAAACCAAAACAAUCGCCUAACAACAUUCAGGAGACAAGAAAAACAAGCAACAUAUACACUGCGAAAAAAUUUCCCAACAUUAUACGCCCUGACACUAACUUUAAAAAUAUUAGCAACGAGCCAACAGCAUUACAAAUA